AAUCCAAGCAUCAAGCAACCGCAGCAAAAAAAAAAAACCACUCAAAAAGUAGAGCAAUGUCGUCAAAGUGGGCUUCUCUGCUUCUGGUUCUGGCCUGCAUUGUUCUCCACAUCAGUGCCCUAGUGCUUGCUGACCAUGACGACGUGGCAAGGUACCGAGACUACGACAACGACUGCCGCUUUAGUCGCCGCGGCUGUGGUGGACGACACGGGCGUGGACCAGCGUGGGGACGGCCUGGAAGAGGCGGCGGAGGUCGAGGUGGCGGCAUUGGAGGGGGAGGCGGGCUUGGUGGCGGUAGAGGCGGCGGCGGGGGUCUAGGUGGCGGUGCCGGGGGAGGCGGAGGGCUCGGCGGUGGUGGAGGUGGAGGCUUGAGAGGUGGCGGUGGUGCUGGAGGAGGUCUUGGUGGUGGUGCGGGAGGAGGUUUGGGUGGCGGUGGAGGACUUGGUGGCGGAGGAGGCGGUGGAGUUAGGGGUGGAUCUGGGCAAGGUGGAUUAUUAAUUCUAUUAUAAUUAUAUUAUUAACAACAGUUUAGUCUUAUAACUGAAUUAAUUAAAAAUUAAUGA